AUGGCAAACAAUGCAAAUUUAUUAAAUGUUCAAGGAGAAAAUGAUUACAAUAAGCUAAAUGCUUUUUUUGCUGAUCAUUCAUAUUAUCAGAAUUAUAUGUUAAGUACUUCUGAUAUAAAAAUUUAUAAUCAAAUAACAACUACAAUAAAUAAAGAUAAGUAUCCACAUUUAUAUCGUUGGUAUAAACACAUUAGUUCUUUGCCUACUCAUAUUUUUAAUCAAUACAAUAAAUGUAAUGAAAAAGUAAAAAAAAACAACCUACCAGAAAAGAAAAUUAAUGAAACAAAAAAUGAUGAUGACGAUGUUGAUAAUGAUAUAGAUCUUUUUGGUGAUAAUGAUGAUUGUGAUAAGGAUAUUUUAUUAGAAAAAAAAAAACAAAAAGAAGAGGAACUUAAAAAAAAGCAACAAAAAGAAAAAGAUAAACAUAGAUCAAUAUUAAUUAUUGAGAUAAAGCCGAAAUCAAUAGAUACAGAUAUAUCUAAAAUUUCUAAACUUGUGAAACAAAAAAUUGUUGAUGAAAAUAUAAAAUGGGGAGAGGAAGUAAAAAAAAUUCCAGUUGCAUUUGGAUUAUAUAAACUUCAAAUGUCAUGUAUCAUUUAUGAUGAUUUUGUUAACACAAAUGAUUUGAUAGAAAAAAUAGAAAACAUAGACUUAGAUAAUGAAGAAGACAGGAAAAAAAGAACAUUGAUAUUGGGAUUAGAUGAAGAAAACGAAGAUGCUGAUGAAAUGAGUGAAACAGAGGAUAUUGAAGUUGAGGAUGAUUUAGAUUUCUUAGUUCAAUCAGCAGAAAUUGUUUCAUUUAACAAACUAUAA